CCGCCGCUGGUGCCCCCCCUCGAGGCCUACGGCAAACACCGCAGCUGCCACACAAGGCUCCCCUUGUAAACAGCCAUGGAGAAGAGCGAAUAUAUCGACGUGCCUGAGUGGGUCAUCAUCCACGAAGUCUACGAGGGCGAGAACUCUCACGAGGCGUUCGAGUCCGACCUGGAUCGAGCGCUCGAGGCCGGACCCGCCGCCAUCAUUGUCGAACCCCGGCGGCUUGGCGAGGAGACUGCCCGGUGGAUUGCCCUCGGCAACUGUUUGCACCAAACUGCCGUCCUCACCGGAGUGGGCUCCCUCGCAACCACGCUCCUCCUGAGCCCACCUUCCACCGCUGCCUCAUCCCACACCCUCCUCUUAGUGGUGGCCGCACCACUCGCUGCCGCCGGUGCCCUCUGCGCCACCCUCUACUCCGUAUCGUGGGCCACCGACCCCUGCGUCGGCUACCAGAUUGAGAAGGACCAAUCCGUCCUGGACCGGCUACCCCUCAGCGAACUAGCCAAUCCGAAUCCGCUCGUGUUGGUGCGGAAGAAUGACCGGCGCCGGCGCGUCGUCCACCUCACCACGACCGGGCUCGCCGUCGGCAUGGUGGUGUGGAGGCUGUACCGGGCGUGGCAGCACGGCGACAUCUCGGCGUACAGCUAGGGAGGUGCGGGCAUUGGCAGAACGUCGGCACGACAUCGGCAGCCAAUGGCGAGGCUGCGCCAAGUUUGGGACUGCAGCCGGGACAGCGGUUCUGACGCUGGCAGGUCGUCGGCGUCGUGACGCUGGUGGUGCCUUGGCACGCGAAGAGGUGCGCAGCUAGCUUGCGCUGGCAUCGCAUCGGUGUUACGCCGGCAUUACUUCGGCGUUGCCUCGAGGAGGACAAAGAGAGAGUACAAGACGGAUAUGUAUGAGAGGAGAGUCGGUGUGCUUGCCGUUACCUUUUCCACUUUUGUUUAAAGUUUGCAAGAGGGGAUGGAUGGGUAGAAGCAGCGGGAGGGGGGGGUCUACAUAUGCAUAGACAAAUCGAGGGGUUCUGUUUUCCAUUUCUCUUACCUAAGCUGUGUUUGAUUUUUUAAAAUUGUUUUGGAUGGGACAAAGAGUGUUGUUCUUUAGGUGACUGAAGAUGUUACUUCAUCUUAUAAAUAUGUAAAUGUGGUGGUUCCUUUUUGGGGACAGCCUGUAAAAUAAAUGAGACGAUAAAAAGGAGUGCCUUGGCUAAAAAAGAGAAGCCUGCAGAUGCGUUGUGUAAUUUCCUCUGGUGCCUCGACAGCCAAAAGCAAAUGGUGGGAUAGUAGAUUUUAAACAAACCCCUUGAGAACACGUUUAAAAACUUCACUAUAUACACGUUGCAAUUAAACUUGAAAACUGACAAUUUCUUUGAUGCACGCCUCGCUGCAUCUUUCACAACACCAGAG